AUGGCCUAUGGUCCGGACCAACGUCCCCCAUCUGCAUCCACAGUCCUGGUCCCCUGGUCCUCUGGUCCUGGUCGCCUGGUCCUCAGGUCCUCCAGUGGCCUGGUGCUCUGGUGCGCUGGUGCGCUGGUUCUCCUGGUGUGCUCCUGGGCUCCUGGCGCUCCUGGUGCUUCUGGUGCUCCUGGUGCUCCUGGUGCUCCUGGUGUAUUUCUGGUGCUCCUGGUGUGCUCCUGGGCUUCUGGUGCUCCUGGUCCUCUGGUCCUGAUCCCCUGGUGCUCUGGUCCUCUGGUUGUCUACUCCUCUGGUCCUCUGGUGCGCUGGUGCGUUGGUGCUCCUGGUGUGCUCCUGGGCUCCUGGUGCGCUCGUGGUGCACCUGGCCUGGGCUCCUGGUGUGCUCGUGGUGCUUCUAGUGCUUCUAGUGCUCCUGGUGCUCCUAGUGCUUCUCGUGCUCCUGGUGGCCCUGGGUCCUAUGGUCCUCUGGUGCGCUGGUGCGUUGGUGCUCCUCGUGUGCUCCUGGUGUGCUCCUGGUGUGCUCGUGUUGCUCCUAGUGCUCCUGGUGCUUCUGGUGUGCUCCUCGUGCUCCUUGUUCUCCUGGUGCUACUGGUGCUACUGGUGGGCUCCUGGUGUGCUCUUGUGCAGCAUGCGCACUUACCGCGCUACACGCAAAACAGUCAAAAUUGUCAUAUGUAG